CUCUCUCGUAUUUAUAUCCCCUCCUUUUCCCCUGUUGCUCUUUUCCCAGAAUCAUUCAAAUCCAACUCUUCCAAACUCAAUUCCAUUCAUCCAUCCAUCCAAAACUCUCUCUCUCUCUUACCUUCGACCUCCUUACAUAAAUCAAACCCCCUCCACCACCACCAAAAUGCCCAUCCCCGUCCCCAGCGCCAACAGCCUCCAAGACCUCUUCAGCCUCAAGGGCAAGGUCGUGAUCAUCACCGGUGCCUCCGGCCCGCGCGGCAUGGGCAUCGAGGCCGCGCGCGGCUGCGCCGAGAUGGGCGCCGACGUCGCCAUCACCUACGCCUCGCGCCCGGAGGGCGGCGAGAAGAACGCCGCCGAGCUGUCCAAGACCUACGGCGUCAAGGCCAAGGCCUACAAGUGCGACGUGGGCAACUACGACAGCGUGCAGAAGCUGGUCGAUGAUGUGAUCCAGGACUUCGGCAAGGUCGACGCCUUCAUCGCCAACGCCGGCCGCACCGCCAACAGCGGCAUCCUCGACGGCUCCGUCCAGGACUGGGAGGAGGUCAUCCAGACCGACCUCAACGGCACCUUCCACUGCGCCAAGGCGAUCGGCCCCCACUUCAAGAAGCAGGGCAAGGGCAGCUUCGUGAUUACGUCGAGCAUGUCCGGCCACAUCGCCAACUUCCCCCAGGAGCAGACCUCCUACAACGUUGCCAAGGCCGGCUGCAUCCACAUGGCCAAGUCGCUGGCCAACGAGUGGCGUGACUUUGCCCGCGUCAACAGCAUCUCCCCCGGUUACAUCGACACCGGUCUCUCCGAUUUCGUCGACAAGAAGGUCCAGGACCUGUGGAUGUCCAUGAUCCCCAUGGGCCGCAACGGUGAUGCCAAGGAGUUGAAGGGUGCCUAUGUCUACCUCGUCAGCGAUGCGAGCUCGUACACGACUGGUGCCGAUUUGUUGAUUGACGGAGGUUACUGCGUGCGGUAAAUGUAUCCCUGGUGGAUAUAAAUAGAGAUACCUACCUAGCUUUUUUGAUGAGGUUAUAAUGAUAAUGUCAGGAACGUUUCAUGAUGA